UCAAGACGUCAUUGGUGAAAUUACUGUUGGUAAUGUGUUGGGUGGUGAGCGUGGUAUGAAGACCAUGCUCACUGAUACUUCUGAUCUAGAUUCACUUGCGGGUAUACGAUAUAGGAAUAUGACUCUACGAGAAGUGAAUGCAGCUUUACCUAAGUCAGUUGGAAGUACCAUAGGACUCUCUGAAGGACUAUUCUGGUUACUGCUAACUG